AUGGGUAAAAAACUUAUUUCAGCCGCUAAUAUUUUGCUGCCUCUAUUUGAACUAGAAGAUUACGGCAAGUGCUUGGGAACUGAAGGAAAUAAAUAUUGCAAUGUCCAAGCUAAGCUAGAUUUUAGUACGCAAAAUGAAACUGUAAGGGAUUAUAUAAGGAACCUGACGACUAGCAAAUAUUUAUUCGACAGAAGCGUAAUUCACAGAGGAAUCUGCGUUUCUGCGAGUGAAUCCCAAGAUUCAGGUUCAUUGCAAAAUUAUGUAAGCGAGGCAAUUCAUGAAAAAAUUCAGCAUCUUAACUUAAAUGCAACAGUUGACGAUGUAAUUUGUACUGAAAAUAAAGAAUUUACGAACUACGACUUUGCUGUUUUAAUCAUUUUAACAGCAUAUUUUUCAUUAAUAACAACAGCAACGAUUUGCGAUGUAUUUUUCAAAGAUGGCUCCGGUAAAUCAGAUGAUCAAGAGAGUUGGUGCGCUAAAAUAAAUUUUCCAAACGGUUUCCUAAAUUUAUCAAUGAGAAACUUGUGGAAGAGACGCAUUACUUCACCUAUGAAUUACGAUUAUCAAAAGCUGUUGAGCAUUCAGGGUGUAAGAUUAAUCACUAUGCUGUACAUAACAGUGAUACACAUUUUUUAUAUGUUCGAAAACUUGCAUAUCUCGAAUCCUGAGGAUUUAGAACGGUUAGGUGCUGGCACUAUAUUUUCCCUAUUUACUCAAGCAGGACUUUUCCAAGUUUCCAUUUUCUUCAUGAUUUCAUCCUGGUUAUUGGUGAUCCAAAUUUACAAUCUUCACGAUCAACAGAAGGAGUUCACUCUGAAACACGCGUUCAUAUUGAUUUUGAACAGGUAUUUUAGGUUAGUUCUGAUAGUCGCCUUCAAUAUUUGCCUAGCUAGAACAACGUUCGUUCGCAGGAUUGCCGGGCCCGGUAUAUUUUUCAUUAAUACUCUAAACGAGCGAGCUUGCGAGUCCAAUUGGACACAAACCUUGUUGUUCGUAAAUAAUUUUAAUUUUUUAUUCGAUAUAUGUUUACCAAUGACUUGGUAUUUAUCAGCUGACUUUCAGCUGUACGUGCUAAAUAUAAUUUUGUUAUACGUUAAAUUCAAGUUUCGAAUUUCCGGAUCUAAAUUUUAUUCGACCUUUUUGUUAAUUAUUCUUGCUUCGCAUGGAUUUCUGCUUUAUUAUCAGGAUAUGGGUGCAGUGUUUAGAGUCCAUUUAAGAAAUAUGGAAUUCAGGUCCCUGAAACAAUCCAAUGAAUAUAUCGUUUUAUAUCUUUGCACAUUAUCAAAGUGGUCUUCCAGUUAUAUUGGAGUUAUUUUAGGUGUUGUUUACUAUAAAAGCAAAUCUAAGGUUUAUGCAAUAACUUGGGGAAAAAAUAUUGUGUGGAUACUCUCUAUUUUUGUUUCAUACACGAUGUCGUUAGCUCUUUGUUUCGUUAAUAUGAGAGGAAUUUUAGCAGCUAUCAUCGGUUCUAUAGUGAAACCUUUACAUUGCCUGGCGUACGGUAUAGGAAUUUUAGGGAUGUCGCAUAAUUUCGGAGGGACUAUGAAGAGGAUUCUAGAAAAUAAAUAUACAAUUAUUUUGAGUAAUUUCACAUUCUGCGUGUAUUUGGUUCAAAUGCCUGUAAUUCUAAUUUUAGUUUCAAAAGAAACGGAACCGUUAAUUUUCGAUGGAAAAUAUUAUUUUGGGUUAUUUUGCGCAACAUUAGUAAUUAGUUAUAUUUUGGGGAUACUUUCUACACUUUCAGUUGAAGAACCGGGACUCAUAUUGCAAAAAAAAUAUUUGCCCCAACUUCCCAAAUGGAUACCAACAGGCAGCUACAAAGAAAAAUGA